CCGCCGCCUGCACGUCCUGCUGGAAGCAGCAGAGACGUUAGAGAGUAAACACGAGCCUCAAGAUGGCUGACUCGCUGGGCUCCGCUCACCUCACCGGAGCUGCGGCUACUGCGGGGCUCGCCUCCGCCAAGAGCCCGCUCGUCAAGGCGGACCACCGCUCGCAGUCUUCCCGGAAUUUCAACCCGCCUCCGCCGCCGCCGCCGCCCAAGAAGCCCCGAGUCGAGGAGCGGAGCGUGAAGCCCAAGAAACUCAGCAGGGACGCGGGAGUGGGAGGCAACGGCGGCGGCAGAGAGAAACUCCAGCUGCCCGGCAAGCAGCGGCAGAGUUACGGCAGCAGCCUGGGGGAGUGGAGCGGCGGCGGCAACAACCACCCUCCAGCACCCGCCACCGGUGGAUCCCAAACACCCGCAAACACGCACAAAGUGUUCAAACAGAGCGACUUCUUCCUCCAUAAAGCGACGUCCUCCUCCGGCAGAGCCAAGAAAAGCAGCAGAGAGAAACAGCGGGAGAGGACGGAGAAGGUUCUGAGAGGAGGCGGAGAGGAGGAGGAGGAGGAGGACGAGGGGAAGAAACACAAAGUGAUGGUGACCUCCGGCCCCGCGACCAACGAUAACAACAACAACGACCCCAGCAAACUGAACCACAUUUCUGCAGUGAAGAGGGAGAACGGAGAGGUCACGCUGCCGCCCAAAGAGCACUCCACCAAGGACAAGGCGAAUGAGAGAGACCGAGAGGAGAGGGAGAAGAAGAAUGUCAAAGACAGAGAGAGAGAAAAGGAGAAGAAGAAGCAGCACAAAGUGAUGAAUGAGAUCAAGAGGGAAAACGGAGAAGUCAAGCAGCCAAUUAAAGAUGAAAAUGAAAAAGACAAGAUCAACUCGGAGGAGCUGCAAAUCAAAAAAGUCAAGAAGAAAAAGAAGAAGAAACACAAAGAGGGGGAGAAGCACAAACGAGUGAAGAUGUACCACCGCUCCUGCCAAACAAUUUGCGCUGGCCUGCUUCUCCCCACCUCUUCUUCCUUAUCCUCCGAUCACACGCACAAAUCCUCCCUGUCUCCUUUCAAGACUCCUCUGCCGGUUUACCCCUCACCUAACAACAAAACCUCACACAUGCCCUCCUCUCCUCCUUUUGCUUCUCUCGCCUCAAAAUCCCUCUUAAGCUCCUCUCUUCAAAACACGCCCAAUGAUCCAUCGUCCUCCAUCCAGGCACAGCUCCCUUCACCGACUAAACAGCAGCCGCAGUGCUCCUACCCCGGUAUGGCUGGUCUGGAGUUUGCUCCAUACAUCCACAUAGAGAACCAGCCAAACGGAGGGGCACUUGUGGCACAUGCCUACACUUCACAGCUCUCCGCCCUGUCGAUGGGACAGAAGCAGAGAUUUGCCCAAGAGUUUGUCACCUUGGCGUUCAGCGAGGACUCGUCUCAGGCAGCUCAUUAUGUCAUGGGAAUCGUCCACGGAGACGCCAGCUACUUGCCUGAUUUCUUGGAUUACUUCUCCACCAAAUUCCCAUCGGCUCCAGUCAAAAUGGAAAUACUGGGAAAGAAGGACAUAGAGACUACAACUAUGGCUAAUUUCUACUCUCAGGUGAAGAAGACGUACAGUCACGGUACAUACAGAGCCGGGGCCAUGAGGCAGAUCAGCCUGGUGGGAGCUGUGGACGAGGAGGUCGGGAAUUAUUUCCCAGAAUUCCUCAGCAUGCUGGAGGAGUCGCCCUUCCUGAAGAGGACCCUUCCAUGGGGAACAUUGUCCAGUCUGCGGCUGAUGAGUCCCAAAGAGAGCGACGACGGCCCCAUAAUGUGGGUCAGACCCGGCGAACAGAUGAUACCUUUGGCUGAUAUACCAAAGUCCCCUUUUAAAAGAAAGCGCUCCACCAAUGAGGUGAAGAACCUGCUGCAAUCACUGCCCAGGACCAGUGAGCCCAGAGAGAUGCUGUUUGAAGAUCGGACUCGGGCCCACGCCGAUCACAUCGGUCAGGGCUUCGAACGUCAGACCACAGCGGCCGUUGGCGUGCUUAAGGCUGUGUGCUCCGGAGAGGGCUCAGAGCCUCCUUGUGUAACCAAAGACGUGGUAUGUUUCCAUGCUGGUGAUUUCCCUCACGCAGUUCAGAGGCUGCAGUUGGACCUACAUGAACCCCCGCUGUCUCAGUGUGUGCAGUGGGUUGAUGAUGCCAAACUAAACCAGCUGCGCCGCGAGGGCAUCCGCUACGCCCGCAUCCGCCUGUGCCACGAUGACAUCUACUUCAUCCCCCGCAACGUGGUCCACCAGUUCAAGACCGUGUCAGCCGUCUGCAGCUUGGCGUGGCACGUCCGCUUAAGGCAGUACCAUCAUGGAGAAGAAGAAGAGGAGGUGGAGGAAGAGGAGGAGGAGGAGAAGCAAGUUGAAUUAAAGAAGGGGGGGGCAGAAAUGGUGGAGCUAGGGCAAAAAGAGGAGGUGAGGAGAGAAAAGAAGGGUGAGAAAGUAAAGGAGAGGAUUAAAGAAGAGAAGGAGGAGGAGAUGGAUGUGGCAGAAAACAGGACGUUGCCAGUUGUCAAAAAGGAGGAACAGCAUCUUCCUCAUCCUCCACCUGUGUUGCCUCAGCCCGCUCGCUCAGCGGACUCAAACGUGGGCGGUGCUAGAGUUAAAGAGGAGGAGACAGAGAGGGUAAAAGAAAGAGGAAAACACAAACAACCGAGGGUUCAGUCUUCACCUUCACAGGAGGUGAAGACUGAACCCUCAGCUCCUCCUCUCUGCAAAAAUAAAUUACCAUCGCCUCUUCCUGUGUCACCCCCCACCUCUCUUCAUCCCAAAGCAUCAUCAAAGCCCCACCAUCAUCAUCAUCAUCAUCAUCACCACAACCACCAUCAUCACCAUCACUUAGACAGCGGAACGACGUCUUCCAGUGCAGCGCCCUCUUCCUCCUGCUCUACAUCUUCUUCUCCAUCUUUGUCGAAGCUUUCCUCCUCCCCUGCGCCACCAGCAGGAUCCGCUGAUCCACUGCGCUCCUCUUUUGCUUCUCCCACGUCAUCCCCUUCUAGUUCUCCUUUUGUUCCUGUUCUGUCCUCCUCUGCACCCACAUCUUCACUGACGAGUCCAAAGCCGACAGUGGAUUCUCGCCUUUCCUCGCUCCUUCCUUCCACUUCGUCUUCCCAGCAGCCUCCCUCCUCUCAGUCAGGCCAACCAACGAAGAGAGACUCACAUCGUCCAAAGCCAGACGUUCAUUCAAACACACGGACGCAAACACAGUCAGAGGUCCGAGCACCUGCUGCGAAUGUACAGACAUACACACCCCAAUGCAACACAAGGACACACACCAUAGCCAAUGCACGAGAUCAGACACCGGUGGACACACGGAUUCAAACGCUCCCGGAGAAAUGGACCCAUAGUUUGGACUCUGACUCGAGGAUGCCAGUGGAUCCGCAGAGUCGUGCGCCACAGGACCCAGGGAGGCAAGGGGUUUACAUGCAGCAAUACGCAUCCCAGCACCACCCGCCUCCUCACAUCCCUCAAAUUCUCCCACCCUCCUUCUCCCCUCUCCUUCCACACUCCCACCAUCCUCACAGACCGCAGAUCCUCCCGCCAAACCCGCUCUCCAACCCCUCCCUCCCGAUGCAGCCACAAGCGCUCAACCCGUUCCUGAGUCAGAAACCGACGCUGCACUCGCUUCACAUGAGCCAGCUUCAUUUGCAUCCGCCGCACCAACCGAACCUCACCACCCAGGCUCAGCCGUACUACCAUCCGCCUCUGAUGGCUCCGCCGUCACAGCCGAACACUCCCCUCACCAGCACCCAGUCUCUCCCUCCUCACCUCCCCCACCAUCACCAGUUUGCCAAAUCCUUCUUCCCUCCUCCCCAGCACCCGCACUUCGCCCCUCACCCCUUCCUCCCCCAUCACUCUUUCCCACCGAGCACUUACCCGCUGCAGCCGCAGUACCAGACCUCAGCACCAGGGCAGGUUCCUCUCUCAAUGUCCUUCUCCCAUCCGCCUCCUCCUCCUCCUCCCCCUCCUCCUCCCCCCUCCUCGCAGUCUCUGCCUCCUCCUCCUCCCCCUCUUCCACCUCCUCUCCCCCCUCAGCCCUCCCCCUCGGUCCUCUCCCCUCCUCCAAAGCAUGAAGAGGAGUGGAGACAGAUUUUAUAGUUGUUUUUGUACAUAAUGACGCUGUUUUUAAAUGACUGUACAUGUAUAAGGUUUUAUUUUGGUUGUGUUGUUGUAAAACUGUUUAAAAGGAAGUAACGGGACAGUGGAGAGUAUCAGUACAGACGCAUUAUCGUGGUUUAUAAAGCAGAGCUGGACUUUAUUUACCCCACACCUCUUGACUGAGUUAGUCUGGUUGUGCUCUGGUUCGAAAAAUAUUGAGCAGUUGUUGCAUGUACCGGUGGUUUUGGCCUUUAGUGAAGUCUGGUUGCACCAAAAUCGAAUGUUGAAGAGAUUUUCCAGGUUCACGUCUACCAAACUGCUGUCUGGUUCUGUCAGAGGUUGAAAGAAAAUAGGUAAAUUUUGUCGGAUAUUUAUAUAAAAAGGUCGCAGAGAUGAACUUUUUGUGAAAUUUGCAGCUAAUGCUUCCGUUUUGUGUCUUUUAUUUUAUUGUGCCCAAGACUGUUUCUGGAAUAACAAUGAGUCAAACUGAUAUUAUACGAUACAAAGACGUAUUGGUGUGAUAUCACUACAUUUCUUCUCUUAUAUUGUAUCGAUGCAUCUUAAUCAGUACAGUAUGUUGCAGUACUUUUCCCUGAUACUGUAUUUUGAGCAAUAAUGCUCUGCAAUAAUCUGCUGAAUUUAAAAGUGAAAUCCCCAGUUAUUGUCAGUAUUUUUAUCUGAAUUUAAAAAACACCAUGUUCAUUGAGCCGACCUCCAUGAGGAGAGAAUCAAUGUUAUUAAAGUAUUUAGGAUCACUUGCAGUAUGUUAUUGCCCAAGAAGAUGGUUAUUACAGUUUUACUGCCUUAAAACAAAAGUCAGUAUAGUAAACUACAGUAAAGUAUUUGGCCAAAUUGAAGAAAAAAACUUAAGAAAAAAGUCAUAAUAUUACAACUUUAUUUUCAUAAUCUUACGACUUUAUCCUCGUAAUAUGCCUAAUUCGUCCUCAUAUAUUAUGUUUUUAUUCUUGUAAUAUUACGACUUUAUUUCUAUAGAUUAUAUUGCAACUUUAUUCCUGAAAUCUCAGACUUUAUUUUCCCUUUACGUGGCCCUGAUACUUCAUCACAGCAUACAUCCAGUAGCGCUGACUACAGUUAAUUACUCAACAGAAAGACACAUUUAAAGUAUUUAGAGAUUAUCUUAUUGUCAACACCAGCGGCUGAGCUCCAGUUCUGCUGGGAUUUUCAGCAUCUGUUGGACUUAAUUUUGGAAACUGAGCGCUCGCUGGUCGGCCAGGGAAGAAUUCGAUCCAGCCGGAGCUGUUACACAGCCACGUCUCAGGAAAAACAAUUCAGGACACAUCCAUGAAUACUUUGGUCUCCUGAGGAAAAAAAACCCAAAAUAUGAGUCACUUAAUAUCUAAUUUCGACCUAUGCAGCUACAUGGAGAGCUUGCCACAGAUUCAGUAUGUUAAGACUUAUUACAGCACUUUGUAAACCUGUUUAAAUACAGUUGAUAUUAUUAUACAGGGCAAUUUCAGGUUCUUCCAACUUCAUAAUUUGAAUCCGUUCAGGCCUCCGUGAAUAUUUUUUUUAAACCUUUAUGGAGACAUGCUCUGAGACACUUUGAAAACAGAUGGUACACUGUGGAUACUUCACUCUGAACGCACUAUUUAUCUAUUUACCUGAAGUCCAGUUUCUGUGCCGUGUGGAGCAUCUUGUCUGUAAAAACAUAUUUUAUUUAUCGACCAGGGACUGAAGUGAUCUCCUGUGUUUUAAAAGUACAAUAAAUUAUUGAAAUUCUGUUUCAGCUGCAGCUAUGUAGAGUAUAUGUUUCUCCAAGUAUCUGAUUCUCUCUUUUUUAAUCACAUUGUUCCGUCUCAGUGAGCGGAAAUUGAUUUUUGUUGUUUUGUUGUGUUAUUGAUGGCUUGAUUUGAUCAAUAUUGGAGUACAGCCCACUUGCUAAUGUAGCCCGUAGCAUUUCCCCAGUGCCUGUCCUUAACUGUGAACUACUAAAUGGUCCAGAGCCACGUAGAGGAGGAGUUCUGUCCUUUCAUGAGUUUUUUUUUAUGAGUCAAAAGUUUCACGUUUUCACUGGAAAAUGAGAAUCAAGCCUUAAAUUGGUGUCAAAAGCCACUGAACUCUCUCCAGAUAUCUGUGGUCUAAACUGGGUCAUCUCAGCGGAAUGAUAUCCUGAGAGCAGGGUUGUGUUUUUCAUGAUUAAACUCACCACAACCCUCGGAGCUUGAGCUCUCUUGGUCAGUUUUCCUCUGAGAACGCCAUUUCAGACACAGAACUCCUCGCCGUGUGGUUCCUUGGUGGAGCGAGGUGAUUACUAAGCACUUGAUGCCAGUUGCGAGGCUCUGCAGCUCUUUUUAUGCUCUUAGGUUUCAGAUGUUACAAAAAAACAUGACAGGAACAUAUAUUUUUCUGUACAAAUGUAACAAAAAUUAAGGUUGAAAAAAGAAAAGUUCUCCAGGGGCUCGUGUUGUUUUCACAGAAUUUAUUUAUCUCAAAGUUUUCUGUUUUGUUUUGUUUUCUAUUUUGUUUCUGUGAUUUUCAACUGUCAGCACUGUAGUGUACAUAAGAGGUUUUUGUAAAGAGGAAAACAACUUGUAGUGUGGUUUCUACUUUAAAUAUGAGCCUAGCUAAUAAAAGGUUCAAUGUAUGAA